AACCGCCGUUGACUACGUGCCUCCCUCGUGCGAGUCGCCGGCCUAAAAAUAAGAAAGUUAACGGUAACAGUAACAGAGCAACAGCGACCGAAUUCAAAAAUUCACGAUGCGGAUGGGAUAAUAGCUGACAUUUGAAUUUGAAAUUUGAAUUCUCGUAAACUUGUAACGGCCAAAUUCCUCUCUUUCCUCAGUCCUUCGGCCUCACCUCACUUCUAUACCUUGCUCUCUCCCACAUUUCUCUUCACUCUUCACACCUUCCACAAUUCCGCCAUGGCUUCUCUCACUCCCGGAAUCCUCUUGAAGCUCCUUCAGGCCAUGAAUUCCAACACCAGAGUCACCGGAGACCACCGCUCAGCUCUCCUCCAAGUCAUCGGCAUCGUCCCGGCCCUCGCCGGCUCCGAACUAUGGCCCAAUCGCGGAUUCUACAUCCAGCUCUCCGAUUCCCUUAAUUCCACUUACGUCUCGCUUUCCGACCGAGAAACAGAUCUCAUCCUCUCCAAUCGACUCCAUCUCGGCCAAUUCGUCUACGUCGAUCGCUUCGAAUUCGAUACACCGGUUCCUCGCGUUUGCGGAAUUCGUCCAAUUUCGGGCCGGCAAGCUUCCGUCGGAACCCCGGAGCUUCUAAUUGCGAGGAUUUCGGCUUCCAAGCGUGAGUUUGUGAUCCAGCCUGUAACGGAUUCGGAUCUAUCGGCUGAUCCGAUUGCCGCAUUGUCAUCGAACCAUAAAUCAGAGGAAUCGAAGAGCAAUUCAAAGACUGGAAACGGUAGAGGGAGGCAAGCUCUCGCUCCUCGAGAUAACGUACCGAUUGAAAACCUGGGAGGUACAGAAGAAACCAAAGUUUCUCAUAAGCCUCAGAGGUUUUCUUCUCCUGCGGGAGGUAAAAGACCUAUGUCGGCUGGAAAGAAGAAUGUGGCCGUGGUUGAGCGAGAUCCUUCCCCUGCUGGGAAGGGAAAGAGGUCAGCUUCUCCGGUACCGUCGAAAUCUGUAGUUCCAAGCUUGGUAGCAGCACGUGAAGAGAAUCGGGUGAGUUCGAAGGAAGCCGCCAUUAUAGUCCCGUCGAGGUAUCGACAGCCAUCCCCAAAUGGGAGGAGACAAGCUUCUCCUAGUGUACGCAGGGCUUCACUUUCUCCAGCUAGAAGGUUAUCAGGGGGUUUGAAGGUCUCCCCCCUUUUGGCAGUCGCAGAUUCUGCAAGCAAGAAGAAGAUGACUAACAUUGCUGCUGGGAUUUCUAAGGUUUCUGAGGCACUUGUUGGGUCUGCAAAAUCGAACAGGAAGAGCUGGGAUGAUCAAUCAACUGUCUCUUCUACCUCUGAGGAGCAGAAAGAUAGUGGGGUUUCAAAGAACAAGCCAGAUCUUCAAGCAAUUCUACGGACUCAGGCUGCCAUUUCAAGACGAUUGAGUGACGUUAAUGAUCAUAGACCCAAGAGUGAUGAGGUGGGGAGUAAAGAAAAAAGGAAGUCCUCUAGCCCAUCCGAGGGCGAGGUUGCAGACAAAAGCAAAUUUUCGGGUCUUGGUAUCACUGUUCACGAAAAGAAAUGGAGUGAUGGCAGCGUUCUAGUUGAUGCAGCUCCUGCAAAUCUUGUUAAACUUGCAAAGGAGGCCAUGGAAAGGAGAAAUCUUGCUUCUAUAGCUGCAGCCGAAGCGUUGGAAGAGGCAAUUUCUACAGAAUCGAUAAUAAGGAGCUUAAGCAUGUUUUCAGAACUUUCCUCUACGCACAAGACUGGAGACCUUCUGUAUGUAGUGGACAGGUUUUUCAUGAUUUAUAACGAUGUCGUGCGAUCAACUGAGAUUGCAGAAUCAGUUUUUGGCAGCCGUAAUGGCAACAAGCCUGGUGCUAUUAGCUCGGAGCAAUCAAAACCUGCCUCUCUCUGGGUUGAAGCUGCCUUAGCCACCAACCUUGAGAUUGUCUCCCUUCUCACCAGUCAAGAUAUUGGCCCUGCAACUUCUUUGCAGAAAAGUGUAUCAAGAAGGCAAACUAUGGAGGCCUCUUCACUUACCAAUUCCAAUGUGGUUCCAUGGACUAGAGGCCAUGGAAUGAAAGAGACUGUAGAGCUUGCUAUGGAGUUGCAGUCUGAGAUGAAGCUUUGGUUUCUAAAGUUUGUUGAGGAGUCCCUUGAUGCUGGUUCGAAGGUAUUUAGAGAAAGCUCAGGAGAUGGCAUCAAAACGUCACCUCCGAUCCCGAAUCGUGGCUCUAUUGCAUCCGUUUUGUCCCAGUUGAAGCGAGUUAACGACUGGCUGGACCGUGUAGUUUCAAAGCGAGAUGAUCCUUUGAAAGAAAAGGUGGAAAGGUUAAAAAGAAAAAUAUAUGGUUUUGUCAUUCAGAAUGUUGAUUGCUGAGCCUACAUUCGACAACAGUGCUCCCGUUGUCUUGUUUCAACUUGGCUAAGUCUUUGUCAAAUCGUGCUCAAGAAAAAUGCCUGUUUCAUUUAUUCAUUGUACAAUGAGGCCAUCUGCAUUUUCUCAGUCAUCUUUAUCUUCAUCUGAAUGGAAAAAGUUUAAAAUUUUUUA